AUUAAGUUACUAUACGGAAGUAAUUUAACCGAUCAACUUUGUCCAAAAAAAAAGCUUGGAAGUUUGAAUUUUUUCUCACCCUUUCCUUUCUUUCCUUUCAAGAUUAUAAUGGCUGAUAAUAAAUUUUUACCGAAAUUAUCACAAAAUUUACUUGAAAUUUUAAAUGAUGAAGAAUUUUAUGAUAUUACAAUUGAAGUUGGCAGUGACCCUUAUAUUAAAGUAUUUCGUGCCCAUAUAGUUAUUCUAAAUUAUCGUUCUCCUUAUUUGCGUAGAAUUUUAUCAACUAAUAAAAAGAAAAAUGAUGGAAUUUUGACAAAUAUUAAAUUACCAAAUAUUUCACCUGAAUUUUUUCAUGUAUUAUUAAGAUAUAUUUAUGGAGGAAAACUUUCUUUGGAAGAAUAUGAUAUUUCAGAUAUCAUUAAAAUCUUGGUUAUUGCUAACGAACUUAACCUUCAAGAGUUAAUUCCUUAUAUAGAAUCUUUUUUAAUUAAAAACAGAACAAACUG